AUGAAGCGAGGAGAUGUUCCGAGUCAUAGAAAUGAAGACUUCCAGGGGGAUUUGCGUACCAAGGAACUCUCCUCACACCUCUUCAUCCAAGCAUUAUUCCCAAUUAACUUGGAAGUCACUUUCAACUCCGGAUCACUUUUGACAAACUAUAACAAGGAAUUGAUGGCAACUUUAAAGUCCCACCUGAAGGCUGCACGAGAUGCUAUCUCCAAGAAAGAUUGGACUGGAGCUGAAGCAGCAGCAGAAUCAGCACUUGCUUUGGAUACUCAAUCUUAUAAUGCUCACGUUUUCCUUGGCCUCGCACGUUUGAAUCUCAAGAAACUUGAAGAAUCAAGAACAGCUUAUCAGCAGGCUAUCGAUUUGGAUCCUUCUCAACCUUUGGCAUGGCAAGGGCUAGUGCGACUUCAUGAAAGUUCAAAUGAUAACUCUGCUUUGAUCGAUGCAUUAGAAGGUCUUGCAAAAAUUUGGAACGAGAAACAGGAUGCGGAAAAGCUUGGUGAUACGAUACUAAAGUUAAUCUCUUUGAAAGACAUAUCGAGAAAACAGACAAUCUCCGUACUAUCGCAUUUGCUACCCAACUCCCUAUACGAAGCCCUUCUGUCAACCUUACCGGAACCCGAUAAUACAAAUCCAAAGUACUCACCAAUAUUCGAUUUAUUAGUACUUCUACAAAACAAUCUUCCCAUCAUUAAACAAAUCACAGAUCUGACUCAAGUUGAAGAAAAUGACGCAAUCUCACGUGAAAUAUUUAAACGACGUACACGACUCACUUCGAUUCCUAAGACAGCCGCGGAAACUCGACUUGAGGUCAUCCGCGAGGUUUACCCAUCUAGCCAACUUCCAAAGUUAUGGAAGGAAAUCUUGAACCAUCCAUAUGCUGAUGAUGAGGUCAGAAGAGAAGUAGAGCUUGCCUUACUCACAUAUUACUUAGAUUGGCUUGAAGCUUUACCAUCUCCAUUUAAAGGUGAACUGGCCGAUUUAUCUAACGCUGCUAGUGCUGAUUCAUCCGAAGUCAUUCAAAGCAAGCAAGAAGACAAAGAUAGAUUACGUGAUGCUAUUCUUGAGGUAGCCCGUGGACAAGUGGUUUUGAAGGUCGCCAAUACUAAAAGCUGGGAUAUUGUUUUAGAUUGGAAUGAGAUCACAAGCCCUCGGCAAGAAGACGAUCCUCAUGGAUACCUCAUUUCGCUUGGUGACAUCUUCCCAAAUUCGGAUAUCACGGCAGUGCUAGAGGCCUACCGCCAAUUUCAUCUUGAACCAGAAACUGAUGAGCAACCUGAUGAUAUCGAUAUACUGGAACAAAUGGAAUCCGGCUUCGACAGCGCGCAAAAGCACUCAUUGCUCUCUCACUUUCUUGUCUUAUCAGUUUACUACGAGCUCCGUGAUUGGUCAACUGUCAAACUGAUCGCUGAAAAUUGUAUCUCGAAAACCAAGGAGCUUGAAAGAUUGCUUGGAAAACGAUUGACAAAGGCUACAAAAAAACUUGAAUGUUAUUUGGCAAUUGCUCUCACCUACCUAGAUGCACCCCGAUAUCACCUACAAGCUACGCGACUGAUCGAUAAGCUUUUAGACAAGGAGCCCAAUCAUGGUCCAAUCUUGAUGGCUCAAGCAUCAAUUUUGAAAUCUUCUCAACGGUGGUUAGAGGCCAUCUUGUCUUUUACUCAGGCCCUGAAAUCAUGGACUGACCUACCACCUCUCGAUCGCUUAGAAGCCAAAUCGGACAAAGCUUGGUGUUUAGUAGAGUUAGAACGUACUGAAGAAGCAGCUGAGCAGUUUGAUAACAUCAUACACGAGCUGACUGAGCUCAUCGAAGCAGAUCCUGAGCAAGAAAGUAUACAUCAAGAUCUUGCACAGAACUGGUACCGAUUGGCACGCUGCAAAUGGGCAAUGUAUCAUACAGAAGACAAAGAGAAGGCUGAAGAAAUGGAUGAGAUGAAAAAAACGACGUUGAAGAAAGAGGCAUAUAAUUGUUUUAUCAAGUCGGUCAAAGUUGAUACUGCCUUCGCGCCAUCUUUUACAUAUCUUGGUCUGUAUUAUUCUGAAGAAGGUGAUUAUGGAAGAGCAUCAAAAUGUUUUCAAAAAGCCUUUGAAUUAGAUGCUACUGAAAGUGUAGCAGCCUUUCGAUUAGCCACCGAAUUUGCCGAAUCUCGAGAAUGGGACUUGGUAGAAGUGGUAGCGAAACGUUUGAUCAAUGGUGGCGUAGAGACUGGUUCAGACUAUCAGGCUGGUGAAGGUCAUAAUCCUUUGCAACUUGCAAGCUAUCAACAACACUCUUGGGCUUGGAACGCGAUCGGAUCUGUAGAACUCAGUCGAGGUAAAUUCCAAUUGGCUGCUGGCACGUUUCAACGUGCCAUACGUGCUACUCCAACGGAUCCACAUACAUGGAUCAAAUUAGGACUUGCCUAUCGAGGUGUAGGAAAACAUGUAGCUGCUUUAAAAACCUUCAUUCGGGCCUCUCAAUUGUUUGAGAAGGAAAAUGAGCAAGAAGAGAAUCAAAGCGAUGACGAUCAAUCUCCUAGAUGGUUUGCGGAUUUUUGUAUCUGUGAUGUUCAAAGGCAGAUCGGCCUUAUCGAACCGGCAAUCACUGGUCUUCAGAAGAUUAUAAAGCAUCAUCCAGAAGAAGUAGUUGUCAAAAUCAUCCUAGCUGAGACGAAAUAUGCCAAUGCGAUUCAAUUUUCAAAUAAAGGAAACUUUAGUCAAUCAGAGGAAGAUUUAAUUCAAUCACUCGAUCUAAUCAAUCAAGUCUUUGAAACUGGUGACUCUAGGUAUACGAUGAGAAUAGGAUGGAAAAUUUGGAGGAUGUGCACAGGCAUGGGCCGAUCUGGGAACAACAUUAGGCCAGCUCAGCCCAUACAAUUCUCAAUUUUGGACACCCUUGGUACCCUUGCCUUCAAUUUAAGUCGAAGAUUAUGUCAACAUGCUUAUAUUAAAUCAGUUGAAUUGAAUCCAAAAAAUCAUAUUAGUUGGACUAAUUUGGGAUUCUUGUAUCUAGCUCAUUCUGAUGUUGAAUUAGCAAAUCAAGCGUUUUUAAAAUCACAAAUUUAUGAGCCUGAUUGGGCUUUAGCUUGGUUAGGUCAAGCUUUGGUUGCAGCUUUGAAUGAUCAUUUGGAUCAGUCAAACGAACUUGUUGAACACGCCUUUACUCUAUCUCAGAGUAACAUAACUCAAAUUGAUCUGGCCUAUACGACAACAGCCUUUGCAAGAUUUGCUGAAAAUGAAUCAAAAGUCACAAACAACCUAGAGGAUUUACAUGCACCUUUGUUAGCAGUUAGUAAACUAGUUCAACGUUUUCCAACAGAUCCAACAAUCUUAAAUCUGCAAGGAAUUUUAUUAGAAGCCAUAGGAAAGUAUGAAGAAGCCAGUUUAAGUUUAGAAAAAGCAGCAGAGAUUUUAGAAGGAAUUUAUGAAAUAUCCGAAUCCAUUGAAAUUGAAACUAGAUUUUCAAUCAUCAAUUUGAAUUUAGGUAGAUUAAAAUCACGAAUAAAAGAAUACGAAGGAUCAAGACAAGCUUUUGAGAUUGUAGAAAGUUUAAGAGGUCCAUUUGAUAAAGAAAAUGAUAAAUUGGAAGAUUUAGAAAAGAUUAUCAUGAUUAGAUCUCAAGCUUUAAGUGGGAUUUCAUUAAGUAAAUAUUUUUCAAAUGAUAUAGAAGGUGGUAUUGAAGGUUUCAAAAAGAUUUUAAGUGAAUUAUCUGGAAUUGAUUCAUCUCAAUCUGAAACUUUAACUAAAACUCUUCGUCAACACAUCUCAGCUCUUGCUCAAUUACUUUGUCGGAUUUUAUGGAAUGAUGAUAAUCAAGCACGUAAAAUUGAAGCUAGAGAGAUUUUAACAGGUGUAGCAACUCGGAAUGCUAGAUUAAAUUACCAUGAUUUGAAUGUGGUGAUGACAUUAGCAUCAAUGUCUAUUGUUGUUCAAGACGAUCCAUUCCUUGAUGAUCUUCUAUUAAAAAUUCAACAGCAAGAUGAUCCUACUAUGAUCAAAGGUCCCAGCGAGAAUCCGGAUCACGAACCUGAACAAUCAACUGAUUAUACGAAUUAA